UUGACCUCGUGACGACCUUUUCGGACAAAGCAGCGGCAGGCACUCUCAGCCUGCUCGUUCAAAGAAAUGCCACAAAAUACAACCUUCGCUAUACUCUCGUGUUUACCGGGCCAGCCAUCGCACCUAGACGAAUCGCCUUAUAUAAGAGACAACAGCAGCAGCCCGUCAUCACGAUCCCCCUUCCCCCUCUCGCCUACACACAGCCCGCGCCUUCCGUGUGGCACUGCUCGGGCGCGCCCGCCUCACCUCCCCUCCUUACUGCUCCCCUUGCCGCCCUCCUUGCUGCUGCUUCUACUGCCACUGCCGGUGGUAACACCGCGAGUGGUACCCCUGCGAGCGGUACCAGUGGCAUUGGUUUCUCUGCUGCGGUGGUGGGCACUGCAGCAGCAUUGGUGCGUUAUCCCAAGCCAGGGCGUUCUACGCUGUCCCCUCGGCGCUCACGCCAGUGCUCUACCCCACAGCGGCCACCCGGCUGGACAGAGCAGCCAAGGGAGGCACCACCGUCUCCGUCUCCUCCACCCAUGGCGGCUCAGGUCUCCCCAGCAGCCAAGGCGGUGGCAGCGCUGCCAGCACUGCCGGCAGGGGCGAGGAGUGCAUGUGUGGUUGGAGUGAGUGUGGGAGGGGGGGUCGCUGCGACCCAAGCGGCACAGGGGGCGUUGGUGCGAGUGGCAGGAUAA